GUGGAACAGACAAGACUGUUGAGAUGGCGUAAAAAAUAUGGUUUUUGAAGUGCAUGUUUUUACCUUCUUUUGAAAUAACAUGAGAAUUGGCGAGCAUGUUCGCUACUCUUUUUUUUCCUAAUCUAUUUCGUACUUGUGUGCCUUUAGCACAUCAUUUUGGGGGGUGCAUUGUUGGGCUUGGACGCCGCUGCUUUGUGAACCUCAACAGUUGUUACAUCAGAUUCUUUAGUUUAACCUGCUUCCCAAACUAGACUAGUUUGAGUAGUGUUAUUAUAUCCACCUGGAAUGAUGAAGUCGUCAUUCAUAUUUUUUCAAGUAGGCCGAGUAUUAACUAUGUAAUUGAAUGCUAAAGAAAAAACAAGACAGAGGACAACAGCACACGCAGAAAGUUGCAACGUGGUAUAGAUGGAGAAGCCUCCCCUGCCCAAUGACGAUUACACGUCAGUGACACCAGAGACUCAGCUGGACAGCUUGGCUGGCGAGGAUGGUCAGGAGGGCGUAGUGGAGCCCCCCGCCCGGGAUGGGUGGGACAGUAAACUGGAGUAUUUCCUGGCUCAGGUGGGGUUCAGCGUUGGCCUGGGCAACGUGUGGAGGUUCCCCUACCUCUGCCAUCAAAAUGGAGGAGGGGCCUUUCUCCUCUUGUACGUGCUGCUCAUGAUCCUGGUGGGCAUCCCCUUGUUCUUCCUGGAGCUGGCGGCUGGUCAGUCCAUCCGGCAGGGCAGCAUCGGCGUGUGGAAGCACAUCUCUCCCAAGCUGGCGGGGAUCGGCUACUCCAGCUGUGUGGUGUGUUUUUUUGUUGCUCUCUACUACAACGUGAUCAUCGGUUGGAGCCUUUUCUACUUAGGAAACUCAUUUCAAUAUCCACUACCUUGGAAUGAGUGUCCUGAACACGGUAACAUAACUGUGAAGGAAUGUGCGGCCAGCAGUCCUACCACCUACUUCUGGUUCCGGAAGGCUCUUAACAUCACCGACUCCAUCGAACAGACGGGCGAGUUUAACCCUGUCAUCACCUGCUGUCUGCUGGCCGCCUGGACCAUCGUCUGCUUGGGCAUGUUCAAGGGCAUCAAAUCCUCUGCCAAGGUGAUGUAUUUCUCCUCGGUCUUCCCGUAUGUGGUGCUGCUGUGUUUCCUCAUCAGAGGGCUGAUGCUGGAAGGGGCUGCAGAGGGCAUCAAGUACAUGUUCUACCCUAAGCUGGAGAUCUGGGGUGAAGUGCAGGUGUGGCGCCAGGCGGCAACGCAGGUUUUCUUUGCCCUGGGCCUUGGCUUUGGCUCGGUCAUCGCCUAUUCCUCCUACAACCCACGCAGCAACAACUGCCACCGCGACGCCCUCACUGUCUCCACCAUCAACUUUCUCACCUCUGUCCUCGCCACGCUGGUGGUGUUCGCCGUGCUGGGCUUCCGCGCUAGGGAAGUCGCAAUGCGCUGCGUGACUCAUAACUUGGAGAAGCUGUCGGAGCAGUUCUCAGGGGGCCCUCUUGACCGGGACCUGCUGCCCGUGAUCAACAUCUCUGACCCCAGCUCGGGUCCCCUGGAGGCCUACAGGGACUGGUUCAAGGAUCACGGAGCCAAUGUCCCUGGCAACCUCACCGACUGCAGCCUGGAGAAUGAGAUGAACAAAGGUGUGGAGGGCACAGGGCUGGCGUUCAUAGCCUUCACAGAGGCCAUGACUCUGUUCCCGGGCAGUCCCUUCUGGUCAGCCUUAUUCUUCCUCAUGCUGCUCAACCUGGGUCUUAGCACCAUGUUCGGCACCAUGGAGGGCAUCCUCACACCCCUCACCGACAACUUCAAAGUGCUGAAGCGCCACAAGACCAUACUCACAGUGUGUAGCUGCAUCAUCGGCUUCCUGAUUGGCAUGUUGUUCACUCAGCGCUGUGGGAACUACUUUGUGAUGAUGUUUGACGACUACUCCGCCACCCUGCCCCUCAUCAUCGUGGUGGUGUUUGAGUGUUUCAGUGUGUCCUGGGUGUACGGCGCUGACCGGUUCCUUGAUGACAUAGAGAAGAUGCUGCACUGGCGCCCUCCUGUGGUCUAUAAGUACCUGUGGAAGUAUGUGUGUCUGCUGGCCAUGCUUGGACUGCUGGGAGCCAGCCUGCUAAAGAUGUGCUUCAAACGGCCCACCUACACUGCCUGGAACAGAGAAAAGGCCUCCGAGGAGACUCUGGACUACCCUGACUGGGCCCUGGGUGUCUUGGCUGUUUUGAUCAUAUUCGCCACGUUGCCUGUUCCCCUGGGCUACAUCCACUCCACCCUGAGGAACAGAGCUAGACGCAACUCCAUAGGAAGUGGCCUGGGAACCGACAUGGGGGGCGUAUACACUAAGUGCAGCACUGUGGAAUGUGACACCCCCGUAGCCGCCCUAUUGGACGAACACCUGGAAAGGAAUAGAAUACCUAAGGAUUCUCCCUCGCCAUUGGCCGAGGAGAACCUCCGGCUCCUCCCACAGAGGGAAGGGGCAGAAGAUGUAGAGGAUUCAACUAGCGUGUGAGGGGGAGGAAACAAGGAGAAAACAGACUAAAAGAGGGAAAUAUGAGCUGCUUGAUGUCAGAUGUUACAUCAUGGUACCACAAAAGAAUGUAUACUAACGUAUACAUUGAAAAAUAUAUUUUAAAGAUAAAAUUACUAGUUUUAAAAGAUCCUCUGCUUUCAGAUGUUUUCUUUAUUUUAAAUAAUAUGAAUGCAGCCAUGUUGGAUUACAUUUCAUUUUUUUAAUGCUAUAUUCCAGAGGGGUGAAAAACUGAUUUAUCAGUAACAUCCCUAAGGCUCAAACUGUUCAUAAGUGAGGAGAUAUGUGUUGCCAAGACGUUGCCUCAAAAAACACCUAAUGUGUUUUUCCACACCACUUUACUUGGUUGUUUACAGAUAAUAAGGCUCAUGAUAUGGGGCGGUAGAGAACUCUUAAGGACUGGAAUAUUCCCUCCCACCACAGGUUGGGUGGAAAAGUAUAGUUCCACUGUACGAUUGUGUUGCAAAGCGAAAGCAGUUACACAGACCUGUAACAUGUCCUGCAAAUAUGUGUUGAGGUAACUUGGUGAAUGCAGAUGCAAAAUGGGUGACAAAAUAUUUUCCUGUUUGCCUUCAGUAAUAAUUCCCAUACAGAAUAGAAGUCAUCCACUCACUUGAAAAAUGGCAAUUUGUUUUUCUGAGCCUAAAUAUUAACGAUCCUUGCCAAAUUGUAUAUUGUGCCAGUUUGUUGGUAAUACGUCAUUUUUCCUGCUUUUCACUUUGAAACAAUCAAUGGAACUAUACUUUUCUGCCCAACCUGUGGUGGAAGGGAAUAUUCCAGUCCAAGAGUUCUUUACCACCCCAUAUCAUGAGCCUUGGGGCGGCAGGGUAGCCUAGUGGUUAGCGCUUUGGACUAGUAACCGAAAGGUUGCAAGUUCGAAUCCCCGAGCUGACAAGGUACAAAUCUGUCGUUCUGCCCCUGAACAGGCAGUUAACCCACUGUUCCUAGGCCGUCAUUGAAAAUAAGAAUUAGUUCUUUAACUGACUUGCCUAGUUAAAUAAAGGUUAAAAAAUAUAUAUUUAACCAAGUAUGGGAUGUUAAACAUAACAGUGGUGUGGAAAAACACAAUAGGUGGGUUGCAGGUUUGAACAUUUUGGCAACACAUCUCACUUAUAAACAACAGUUUGAGCCUUAGGGAUUUUGACAAAGCACAGUAUCAGUGUAUCAAUUUGAUCAGUAUAGGAGCACGAGCACCUGUUUGAAGCUGGAAAAUUCAUCUCCGCACACUCAGGAUCAAUACACAAUUUCCAAUUUCUUUAGGCUGUGCUUUAGGUCGUCAGACAUUCAUCAGAGCAUGAAUGAUUUCAAUUUAGCUUCCUUUUACUUGAGCCUAUUGGUUUUGAGUCAGUUUAAUGUAAGUGAAAUGUUUCGAAGUGGCUCCGUAUCCAACUUUAUUUUGUCUGUUGAUGAGGAUAUGAGCCAUGAACUUGACAUAGUGAGGUCCAAUAGUAUUUGGACAGUGGCAAUUUUGUUGUUUUGGCUCUGUACUCCACCGCUUUAAAAAUGUCUAUGGGGUUAAAGUGCAGACUGUCAGAUUUAAUUUGUGGGUCUUUUGAUCCAUAUUGGGUGAACCAUUUUUGUACCUAGUCCCCCCCCCCCCCCCCAAGUUUAGUAAAUUAAAAGUAUGGGGACAAAUCAACUUGUGUAUUAAAGUAGUCAAACGUUCAAUAUUUGGUCCCAUAUUCCUAGCAUGCAAUGUUUGCAUCAAGCUUGUGACUCCAAACUUGCUGGAUGCAUUUGCAGUUUGUUUUGGUUGUGUUUCAGAUUAUUUUGUGCCCAAUAGAAAUGAAUGGUGAAUAAUGUAUUGUGUCAUUUGAGUCACAUAUGCAAAUUAGAAUGUUUCUGAACACUUCCACAUGAAUCAGUCCCUCUAGGACCCACCCUGAAAUGCUACUGUCCGAAUAUUAUGAACCUCGCUGUACAUUCCACUUUACUUUUGGAUGGAAUUUGAUGUUAAGUAUUUUUUAAGAUACACUUUCUCAAAGUACUAUUUAUACAAAUGUGUAAUAUAAUGCAAGUACUACUUUUAAUCUUUUAAUGUUUAAAAGUUAUCCAUAGUGUAUGUGUUUUUUAAAUGAAAAAAAGAAAAGCGGGCUAGAAUUAUGGUAGACUUUUCUGACUUGUGCUUGUAUUUGAAAUGUUUGUUGCCUCGAAGCACAGGUGUCAAACUCAUUCCACGGAGGGCCGAGUGUUUGCGGGUUUUUGCUCCUUCCUUGUAUUUGAUGAAUGAAUUAAGGAACUCCCCACACCUAGUUGUGUAGGGCUUAAUUGAAAGGAACAACCAAAAACCUACAGACACCACGCCCUCCAAGGUUGAUUUGACACCCCUGCCUUAGUGUCUAUCUGCAGUUGCCACAAAUGUUGGGAUUUAAUAAAUUAAUGACUUGGGUUCUAA